AGAACUCCUUCACAAACUUAGUGAAUUUUUAACUAAAAAUGAGCAAAGAGAGCAUUUAGACAGUGGCUCUUAUAAUCGCAUCAAAAUCGAAAAGGAAAAUAGAUUAUUUCUUGAGAGCUAUUGGGAAUUACAUUUGGUAAUAUCUUAUUGGUACGGAUAUUAUUUAUAUUAUGGAAUUGGUGGUGGCAAAGAUGAGAAUAGUGCAAUAAAUUUAUUUAAAAAAGCAGCUAACGAAGGAUAUGAGAAGCAAUUGAAUUCUGUGAAAAGAAUAAUAUUGAAUAUCCAAUAUCUGGAAAAAAAUUAUUUCAUAAAAUUUGAAAAUGCUUUAACCCUUCAUAGAAUAAGAAAUGGAAGUAAUAAACUUAAG